AUGGGCUCGUCGGGUGAAACCGCAUUUCUCUGUCAAGACAUCAACGCGAUCGGCCGGGAGGCCAGGGCGCUGUUCAACGUCGGCCAGGCGGAAGGACUGACAAUCUGGUCCCCGAACGUGAACAUCUUCCGGGACCCGCGCUGGGGCCGCGGGCAGGAGACACCAGGCGAGGACCCGGCCGUGGCGAGCCGCUACGCCGUCGCCUUCGUCCGGGGCAUCCAGGGGAACAGCUCGUCCUCGCUCCUGCAGACCUCGGCUUGCUGCAAGCACGCCACGGCCUACGACCUGGAGGACUGGAACGGCGUGGCGCGCUACAGCUUCGUGGCCCGCGUGACGGCGCAGGAUCUGGAGGACACCUUCAACCCGCCGUUCCGUAGCUGCGUCGUCGAAGGAAAGGCCAGCUGCAUCAUGUGCGCCUACACGGCCAUCAACGGCGUGCCGGCGUGCGCGAACACUGAUCUGCUCACCGGGACCGUCAGGGGGGACUGGGGCCUCGAUGGGUACAUCGCCUCGGACUGCGACGCCGUGGCCAUCAUGCGCGACGCGCAGCGGUACGCGCCCACGCCGGAGGACGCCGUCGCCGUCUCGCUCAAGGCUGGACUGGACAUAGACUGCGGCUCCUACAUCCAGCAGCACGCCACGGCCGCAAUCCAGCAGGGGAAGUUGACGGAGCAGGACAUCGACAAGGCCCUCACCAACCUCUUCGCGGUCCGGAUGCGGCUGGGACACUUCGACGGCGACCCGAGGAAAAACAUGUACGGCGCCCUAGGCGCCGCGGACAUCUGCACACCGGAGCACAGGAAUCUUGCGCUCGAGGCAGCGCAGGACGGCAUCGUGCUGCUCAAGAACGAUGGUGGCAUCCUCCCACUCGACCGGUCCACGGUGACCUCCGCUGCCGUCAUCGGCCCCAAUGCCAACGACGGCAUGGCGCUUGUCGCCAACUACUUCGGUCCGCCAUGCGAAUCCACUACGCCGCUUAAGGGGCUCCAAAGCUAUUUGAACAAUGUGAGGUUCCUGGCCGGGUGCAAUUCGGCGGCCUGCGACGUCGCCGCGACGGACCAGGCUGUCGCGCUGGCGGGCUCGGAGGACUACGUGUUCCUGUUCAUGGGGCUGAGCCAGCAGCAGGAGAGCGAAGGGAAGGAUAGGACGAGCCUGCUCCUUCCGGGGAUGCAGCAGAGCCUCAUCACUGCCGUUGCCGACGCGUCAAAGCGACCGGUUAUCCUGGUGCUUCUCUCCGGCGGACCGGUGGACAUCACGUUCGCGCAGUCGAACCCAAAGAUCGGUGCCAUCCUAUGGGCUGGGUACCCCGGACAGGCCGGCGGCCUCGCCAUCGCCAAAGUGCUAUUCGGCGACCACAACCCCAGCGGGAGGCUGCCGGUGACGUGGUAUCCGGAGGAGUUCACCAAGGUGCCCAUGACGGACAUGAGGAUGCGUGCCGACCCGACCAGCGGCUACCCUGGACGGAGCUACCGAUUCUACCAGGGCAAGACCGUCUACAAGUUCGGCUACGGCCUCAGCUACUCCAUUUUCUCCCGCCGGCUAGUCUACGGAACCAGUAUGCCUACGCUCUCGAGCACUGUUCUCACUGGCCUAAGGGAGACAAUGACAGAGGAUGGCGACCGUAGCUACCACGUCGACGACAUCGGCACUGACGGAUGCGAGCAGCUCAAGUUUCCAGCCAGGGUGGAGGUGCAGAACCACGGACCCAUGGACGGGAAGCACUCGGCGCUCAUGUUCCUCCGGUGGCCAAACACGAAAGGAGGCCGCCCGGCAAGCCAGCUGAUUGGGUUCAGGAGCCAGCAUCUCAAUGCAGGGGAGACGGCCAACCUCAGGUUUGACAUCAGCCCGUGUGAGCAUUUCAGCAGGGUGAGGGCGGAUGGCAGGAAGGUGAUCGAUAUUGGGUCUCAUUUCCUCAUGGUUGACAACCAUGAGAUGGAGAUAAGGUUUGAGGCUUGA